AUGUUAUUGCAGGUCCCUUUGGACCAGGGCUAUUUGAGGAUGAGAGUGGAUCCACAGUUGACUGUUACAUCAAAUUGGACUAUCGAUGUUUCAGAUGUAAGAAUAGUGAAAGUCAGCAAUAUUUUCCUGGCUGCAUCAAAAAGGGACAUCAAGGAAUUCUUUUCCUUCUCAGGGGACAUUCAAUAUAUUGAAUUGCGGAGCGAAUUUGAAAGGUCUCAGAUUGCUUAUGUCACUUUCAAGGAGUCACAGGGAGCAGACACAGCAAUGCUUCUCUCAGGAGCAACUAUAGCUGAUCUUUGUGUCAGCAUUACGCCAGUUGAGGAUUACCAGCUUCCUCCUGAAGCUUACAAAGAGAUACUGGUAAAUCUGACUCCCUGAUAUUUGUGCAGAUUAUGCUCUCAGGUUUCUGCAUGACAUGAAAGCCAUAUUGUGACUUUUUGCUUUUAAUUUUGUAUACGUGGUGGUUUUCU